UCCCUCCCACGGCUGUGGCAUCUUACGCAGCUUUGUGCUCAGAGAACGCAUAGACUACUCGUUUUUAUCACAAGGACCUCUUACACUAAACAGAAAUAUGCCAUCGAUACACAGUUUGGGAUUUUUUAAUGGGUCUGAUUAUUUUAAAACGCUGAGAAUAUUUGAAUAAAAGGUCGAAAGCUCGGAGUCAGUGACGAUGGAAUCUCUGAUCUUUUUGAUGAGGAUUUGGUGGUGCUGUGUCUUUAUUAUUCCUUGGAGUACAACGGAGGCGCAGAUUCGAUACACAAUUCCAGAGGAGCUAAGAGAAGGAUCUGUGGUCGGAAAUAUUGCUAAAGAUCUCGGUUUGGAUGUAUCUAAGAUUAUAGAUCGUAAACUACAAAUAGCGUCUGAGACUGGUAAGCAGUAUUUCGCUGUGGAUGUGGAGAAGGGUGAUCUUACUGUGAAUGAGAGAAUUGAUAGAGAAGAUGUAUGUGGAUACAAUGUCCCUUGUGUUUUGAUUCUUCAAGCCGUUUUAGAAAAUCCUCUGCAGAUGCAUCGAGUUGAGAUUGAAAUACAAGAUAUUAAUGACAACGCGCCCAGUUUUAAAUCUAAUGAGCGUGUACUGAAUAUUCCUGAAUCGUUUAAUUCAGGAGCAAAAUUCCUCUUAGAGAGCGCUAUUGACGCAGAUGUACAGUCUAAUUCAUUAAAAUCAUACAGUCUGAGUAUUAAUGAUCAUUUUGUUUUAAAUGUGAAAACACAAGAUGGAGUAAAAAUUCCUGAAUUAGUACUCAAGCAACCUCUUGACCGAGAAAAACAGGAAGCUCAUAAGCUAAUAUUAACGGCAGCUGACGGAGGGAAUCCAGUGCGCACGGGAACAUGCGAGAUCACUGUUGUCGUUCUAGAUAUAAAUGACAAUGCUCCUGAAUUUGAAAAGCCUUUCUAUGAGACUGUUGUUGAUGAAAAUGAAACAAAUCAUAAAGAAAUAGUAACAGUCAAGGCUAUAGAUUUAGAUGAAGGGUUAAAUGGAAAAAUCGAGUAUUUUUUUGCAGACCAAACACCAGAUACCGAAUUGUUUAAUAUUAACCAGCAAACCGGUGCCAUAACAGUUAAAAAACAACUGGACCAUGAAAAAGCAAGCCUGCAUAAAUUUGAUAUAGUUGCAAAAGACAAAGGCAAUCCUCAAAUGGAGGGCCACUGCAGUGUAAAGAUAAAAGUUAAUGAUGUCAAUGACAACGCGCCUGAUAUAAUAAUUACUUCUCUUUCAAGCCCAAUUCCUGAAAAUUCCACAAAUGGCACGGUCGUUUCAUUAAUUAGUACAAAAGAUGCAGAUUUAGGAGAGAAUGGGAAAGUUAAACUUACGUUAGCCCCUGGGCCACCGUUUAGAUUGAGCCCUACAGUAUCUAAUCAUUACGCGUUGGUUACCAACGGUCCUCUAGACAGAGAAAACUACCCUGAAUAUAAAAUUGAACUGAACGCAGUUGAUGGUGGUUCGCCACCGCUGUUUAGUAGGAAAACAGUAAUAAUCAGCAUUUCAGAUGUAAACGAUAACCCUCCAAUAUUCACGGAAAAAUCUUACACGGUUUAUGCUAAGGAAAACAGCGCUCAAGAUUCAAUAUUGUGCUCGGUCUCUGCACAUGACCCAGACUUAGGCGAAAAUGCAAAAAUCUCCUACUCCGUUUUGGACUCUAAAGUUAAAGACGUGCCUGUGUCUUCUUACAUCUAUAUAAAUUCUGAAAAUGGAAGUAUAUUUAACUUGCAGACAUUUGAUUACGAGAAAAUUAAAGUUUUAAACAUCAUAGUACAGGCUAAAGAUCAAGGCUCUCCAUCUCUGUGCAGCAACGCUACUGUUCAUGUGUUUAUUCUGGACCGGAACGAUAAUGCUCCUGCUGUCAUUUACCCGUCCACAUCCAUGGGCUCGGUCUCUCAUCAGAGGAUGCCCCGUUCUGCUAAAGCAGGACAUCUCGUUACUAAGGUAACAGCAGUGGACGCGGACUCGGGUCAUAACGCCUGGCUGUUCUACAGGCUCGCGGAGGCCACGGACGCGUCUUUGUUCAGUGUGAAUUUACAUACGGGAGAGGUGAGGACUAAACGCGCUGUUUCAGAGCACGAUGACUCCUCUCAGAGACUUUACAUAGAAAUAAAGGAUAACGGAGAACCGAUCCAGUCCACCACCGUCACAGUGGAUAUACUAAUAGAGGACGGGUUUCAUGAGCCCAUCUCAGACUAUCGUUUAAAAACUACAGAGGACAACAAGAAAACCGGCAAAAUAACGCUGUAUUUGAUCAUCUCAUUGGGAACAGUGUCAGUUUUGUGUAUAUUGACCUUUUUCACGUUGGUUGUGAAAUGCGUAAAAAGCAGCAUCGUAAGUUCAAGCUGCUGCAUCAGACGAACUGAUUCUGGAUACAAAAACCCCAACAGAAACCUGCAGAUCCAGCUCAAUACUGACGGGCCCAUUAAGUAUGUGGAGGUUCUGGGAGGAGAUAUGAUGUCUCAGAGUCAGUCCUUUGGCUCUUAUCUCUCUCCAAUGUCCGAAUUCAGUGAUCUCACCCUCAUUAAGCCCAGCAGCACCACAAACUUUACAGACACGCUAAACACGCUUGAUGCGUCAUUACCAGACAGCGCGUGGACGUUUGAGAGCCAACAGGUGAGACAAAAGUUACGUUGGCUAUAUUCAGAGCUGUCGGUUUAUAUCUAA